UCCCGGCCAUGAUCGUACCCCAUCGAAGCGGGGCCCCUCAAAACCAACGGCAUGGAUCACUGGAAGACGGACCCCACUUGUACAAAAACGGACGCGUAAGCACACUCCUCCAGUUCGGUUGCAUCACGAACUUAAAAUUUCCGAGCUUAGAAAACUCCCCUCGAUUGGCAGCAGCGCCAGCGGCGGACGGGAGCUCUAAGAAGUCAAAAACCCUAGCAAAAUCGCAAAUGACCCAGACCGCUGAAAAUGACCAAAUUGCCCCUACAAACGACAGCAACGAUCCCGGCCCUCAUCCUCCUCAGCUCUCAAAGAACGCUCAAAAGAAACUCCUGAAGCUGCAGAGAUGGGAAGCGAAGAAGGCGGAGAAGAAGGCAUUGGAGAAGGAGAAGAAGCAGAAGGAGGCGGAGAGGAAGCGGUCGGAAUGGGAGGAAAAGCUGGCGAGCGUGUCGGAGGAGGAGAAGACAAAGCUGAUAGAGUCGAGGAGGGAGAUGAGGAAGGAGCGGAUGGAGAAGAGGUCGGAAGAGAAGGAGAAGAAGAUGGAGAGGUUGAGGUGGGCCAAGGAGGCGGGGCAGAAGAUCGUCGUUGAUCUCGAAUUCGCUGAUUUGAUGAGUAGUAACGAGAUUCACAGCCUCGUCCAGCAGAUUAUGUAUUGUUAUGCAGUGAAUGGAAGAUGUACUUCACCGAGCCAUCUCUGGUUGACAGGAUGCAGGGGAGAGAUCGAGACCCAACUACAAAGGCUCCCAGGAUUUGAUAAAUGGAUUAUUGAGAAAGAGAGUCAGUCGUAUAUUGAAGUCUUGAAAGAUCAAAAAGAAAAUCUUGUGUAUCUUACUGCAGAUGCAGAAACUGUACUGGAUGUACUUGAUCCAAAGAAAAUAUAUGUUGUUGGUGGCUUGGUGGACCGGAACCGAUGGAAGGGGAUAACCUUGAAGAAAGCAAAAGAGCAGGGGAUCCAAUCUGCGAAGCUGCCAAUUGCAAACUACUUAAAGAUGUCAAGUUCACAGGUUCUUACUGUGAACCAAGUGAUUGAGAUUCUGCUCAAAUUCGUGGAAACAAGGGACUGGAAGACCUCAUUCUUUCAAGUGAUUCCUCAAAGAAAAAGAGGUGGAUGUGAAGAAGCUGGAGAAGAUAAUGAAGAAGAAGAUGGUGAGAAGAAAAGGAAAUGUAUUGAAGAGGAACCUUCAGAUGACGGAUAGCAAUUUUACUAAUUGGAGCCGUUGCGAAAGAAAAACUAUGUACUGGAAAUGGUGAGAUACUGCAAUGAUACGGUUGGUUUGAGGAGUUCUAUGGUUGAUGCAUUACCGUUUUUGGGUUGAACGUAUCCAUGAAAAGAAAAUGACCGGUGAUCAUAGAUGCACAUGCAUACGUGGUGUGUAUGGUUAUCUUGUAACUACUAAUUUUUGCAAACUAACAUCCAAGUUCUCCAUCAAAGGUGUUUCCCACAAGACAAUUAAAAUAAAAAAGAAAAAAGAAAAAAGAAAAGCUUUUUAUUGCGGCUA